AUGCCCGAUCCAGUCAAAGCACCCAAGAAAGGCUCCAAGAAGGCCGUGUCUAAGGCCACCAAGACCGGCAAGAAGAAGAGGAAGACAAGGAAGGAGAGCUAUGCUAUCUACGUGUACAAGGUGCUGAAGCAGGUUCACCCUGAUACCGGUAUCUCCUCCAAGGCAAUGGGCAUCAUGAACUCCUUUGUCGGAGACAUCUUUGAGCGUAUCGCUGGUGAGGCUUCCCGCCUUGCUCACUACAACAAGCGCUCCACCAUCACCUCCAGGGAGAUCCAGACCGCCGUCCGCCUGCUGCUGCCCGGUGAGCUGGCCAAACACGCCGUGUCUGAGGGCACCAAGGCCGUCACCAAGUACACCAGCUCCAAGUAAACUUGCUGUUUGUACCAACAACUCAAAGGUCCUUUUCAGGACCACCCACUCCUUCAACUAAGAGCUUUAUUCCUUUGUUUAAC